AGACAACGCAGGCAGAGUAGAACGCAGCACAUCUACGCAUCCUUCCAUUUCUUAAAUUAGCCACUUUCAGCUUCGAGAUACCGCCCCCAAUUUCAGUGUCGGUACGGAGCCGCCAGGCCGGGACAGAGACGGAGAGAGAGCCCUCGGCCAUGGAAGCGCUCGGACCCGGCCCGCCUGCCCCUACCUCCCUUUUCCAGCCACCACGCCGGCCCGGCUUGGGUACGGUGGGGAAGCCGAUUCGCCUUCUGGCGAAUCACUUCCAGGUGCAGAUCCCGAAGAUCGAUGUCUACCAUUAUGACAUCGACAUCAAGCCUGAAAAGCGACCCCGCAGGGUCAACAGAGAGGUGGUGGACACAAUGGUCAGACAUUUUAAGAUGCAGAUCUUUGGCGACCGGCAGCCUGGUUAUGAUGGCAAGAGGAACAUGUACACGGCUCAUCCGCUACCCAUCGGAAGAGACAGGGUGGAUCUGGAGGUGACGUUGCCAGGUGAAGGGAAAGAUCAGACCUUCAAGGUGUCUCUGCAGUGGGUUUCGGUGGUCAGUCUGCAGAUGCUCCUUGAAGCUCUGUCCGGUCACCUGAAUGAGGUUCCAGAGGAUUCAGUACAGGCACUGGAUGUCAUCACUCGCCACCUGCCCUCCAUGCGGUACACUCCAGUGGGUCGCUCCUUUUUCUCUCCACCAGAGGGUUACUAUCACCCGCUGGGGGGUGGGAGGGAGGUGUGGUUCGGGUUCCAUCAGUCUGUCCGUCCAGCGAUGUGGAACAUGAUGCUCAACAUCGAUGUGUCAGCCACAGCCUUUUACCGAGCCCAGCCCGUCAUCGAGUUCAUGUGUGAGGUUCUAGACAUCCAGAACAUCAACGAGCAAACCAAGCCCCUUACAGAUUCACAACGUGUCAAGUUCACCAAGGAGAUCCGAGGACUGAAAGUUGAGGUCACACACUGUGGUCAGAUGAAGAGGAAGUACCGUGUGUGCAAUGUCACGCGUCGCCCAGCCAGCCAUCAGACAUUUCCUUUGCAGCUCGAGAAUGGUCAAGCUAUGGAGUGUACAGUCGCCCAGUAUUUCAAACAAAAGUACAGCCUGCAGCUCAAAUACCCCCACCUGCCCUGCCUUCAGGUGGGGCAGGAACAGAAGCACACAUACCUGCCCCUUGAAGUUUGCAACAUAGUUGCAGGACAGCGCUGUAUAAAGAAACUAACAGAUAAUCAGACUUCAACCAUGAUCAAAGCCACAGCUCGCUCAGCCCCAGACCGACAGGAAGAGAUCAGCAGAUUGGUCAAAAGCAACAGCAUGGUGGGCGGGCCCGACCCUUACCUGAAAGAGUUUGGCAUUGUGGUGCACAAUGAUAUGACCGAGGUGACUGGGCGGGUCCUCCCAGCGCCCAUGCUCCAGUAUGGGGGCCGGGUGAGUACAGACACUGGCAGGGACUGUAGCAGGGGACUCUCUCCCCAGAACAAGACCGUGGCCACGCCCAACCAGGGUGUCUGGGACAUGAGGGGAAAGCAGUUUUACGCUGGCAUCGAGAUCAAGGUGUGGGCCGUGGCCUGCUUCGCCCCUCAGAAACAAUGCAGAGAGGACCUUCUCAAGAGUUUCACUGACCAGCUUCGCAAGAUCUCCAAGGAUGCAGGGAUGCCUAUCCAAGGCCAGCCGUGCUUCUGCAAGUACGCCCAGGGGGCAGACAGUGUGGAGCCGAUGUUCAAACAUCUGAAGAUGUCUUACGUGGGUCUACAGCUCAUCGUGGUCAUUUUGCCUGGGAAAACUCCUGUCUAUGCCGAGGUCAAACGUGUGGGAGACACUCUGCUGGGAAUGGCCACACAGUGCGUGCAGGUGAAGAAUGUGGUGAAGACUUCCCCUCAGACCUUGUCCAAUCUCUGCCUCAAGAUCAACGCCAAACUGGGAGGCAUCAACAACGUACUGGUGCCACAUCAGAGGCCCUCCGUGUUCCAGCAGCCAGUCAUCUUCCUGGGUGCCGACGUCACUCACCCGCCAGCUGGCGACGGGAAGAAACCGUCCAUCGCAGCUGUCGUGGGAAGCAUGGAUGGACACCCCAGCCGAUACUGUGCCACCGUGCGAGUGCAGACCUCACGCCAGGACCUGUCACAGGAACAGCUCUUCAGCCAGGAGGUCAUCCAAGACCUCACCAACAUGGUGCGAGAGUUGCUCAUUCAGUUCUACAAGUCGACUCGCUUCAAGCCCACACGAAUCAUCUAUUACCGCGGAGGAGUGUCUGAGGGACAGAUGAAGCAGGUCGCAUGGCCGGAGCUGAUAGCCAUCAGGAAAGCAUGCAUCAGUCUAGAGGAGGACUAUAGACCAGGAAUCACCUACAUCGUAGUGCAAAAACGGCAUCACACUCGACUCUUUUGCUCUGACAAAGCUGAACGGGUGGGAAAGAGUGGCAAUGUCCCAGCUGGCACUACAGUGGACAGCACCAUCACACACCCCUCAGAAUUUGACUUCUACCUGUGCAGCCAUGCUGGUAUCCAGGGAACAAGCCGUCCCUCUCACUAUCACGUCUUGUGGGAUGACAACUGUUUCACGGCUGACGAACUACAGCUCUUGACCUACCAGCUGUGCCACACCUAUGUGCGCUGCACCCGCUCCGUCUCCAUCCCAGCACCAGCCUACUAUGCUCGGCUCGUGGCAUUCCGUGCCCGCUACCAUUUAGUGGACAAAGACCAUGACAGUGCUGAAGGAAGUCAUGUAUCAGGACAGAGUAAUGGCCGAGACCCUCUGGCCCUGGCUAAGGCGGUCCAGAUUCACUAUGACACCCAGCACACCAUGUACUUUGCCUGAUGUCAACCAACAGGAGACGCACCUUUACACUCCCUCUACAAUCUCUCUCUCUCUCUUCCUUGUUCUCUCUGUCGCGUCUUCAUCUGCAGCAAAGCAGUCCUGAAGCCAGGGGGCUAUACGUGAGUCCAGUUGUAUUCGGUCGGGCCUCAGACGAACCAACCUCUACCAGCAGUCCUGCACUGAGAGGCCUCUGGCCUCCAAUGCAAACAAAAGUCAAAUUGAGCCAUUUUAACUUUCAUUUUGUUGAUUUUGAAUGUCUUUUAAAUUUGUGAGAUACACUGAGUGUGAGCAAACCUGCGCCAUUGGUCAGGGCAGCUCUGGCUCUCUCAGCUAAGCUGGACUCUGUCUACUUUUACCUCAAGCCGCCAUUGGCUGAAUCUUGUCAAAUGUCUUUUGGGGUGGGAUGGGGCGGGGCUUGCAUGUAGUGGGGGGUGGGGUUGACUUUAAGGUUUGGAUUGUUUGUUUUUUCCUCCUUUUUAUGAUCGUAUUUGAACUUUUUCCUCUCAGUCUUUACAAACGAGGUGACCUGGGUGUAAAUAUGCCCAUAACCUGUUCCCGUUGUGUGUGAGUGUGUGUGUGUGUGUGUGUGUGUGUGUACGUAUGCAUUUGUGUGUUUGUGUGUGGGGAUUCAUGUCUCAUGGCAGGCCACUGACUUUUAAAGGGAUUUCUAGGCGCAAACUGCUGUAAAUGCCUCUUUUAUAUUAACACACACAUAGAUAUAUAAAAUAUAUAAACUAUUUACAACUCUAUAAGCAUAUUUCAUGAUUUCACAGGCUUUCAUAAGCUGAUGGUUUUGUGUAGCAGUGAUAUUACCCAUGGUCUUCUCUCUGGCCGAUGGGACCUGGGCAAACAGGACUGUACAUGUGCCAUUCUGCCUGUGGCAGAUCUGGAAACACGUACGUCUAUUUUGGAUAGUUAUUUUACAGGGUUGAAAGGUUAUGGCCAUUGCACAGUCAUGGACGCGGCAACGUCGCCUGAUAGGCUAGGCUCGCAACAUACAGCACUCUCUCUUCUUUUAUGCAUUUAUACAUAAGAUUCAAAUCAGAUUUGUAAGAGUUUAAUAUAAAAGUUUUGUGUUAAACUUUGACAGUUUGUUAGAGUAGAUGAUCGUUCUUCUCGUCGUUCAUGUUGAUAUUGAUCGUUCGUCUGAUGUGUUCUGUAACUGUAAGUGAUCCAGGAGUCAAUGUGGUCGUAGGCGGAGAGGUCUUUUUUAAUAUACAGCUUCAUUUCUUGUAGCUUUGUGGCCAUGAUAAUGAAGGCCCAAAUUGCUUAGGUUUGUCCUCUUGAUGUUUUUUUUAUGUGUUGAAAAAUGAUCAAAGUUUUUAGCUAAUUCUUUACGAAGUAAAAUAUGGGUCAGAUUGGUGUCAGGAGAAAGAGGAGAGACAAAUCAGAACUUUUGCAGGGGGGGGGAUACCGGCAGAAUUUUACACUUAAAAGUGCGUUUAAUACUUCUAUGUGUGUGUGUGUGUAUAUGAACUUGAAUCUAUAAUAUAAAUCCGAGGAACCAUUUCUCUUUACGUAUAAAAGAUAGGACACCAUACAUUUUAUGACACAAGCAUAAGCACUGCCUUUGGAAUGAACGGCGGUGCCCGGUUGACUGAUACUGGGCAGCUGAUGGUCUCCGGCGUGCACGCCUCGGCAGGCGGGCAGCUCUGCAAAAACCCUUUUGUAAUAAACCAUCCGUAAAGCAGUAGGUUUGUCAUGAAUGAGUUUGGGCAGCAGCCUGUCGCUGGCGUAGACGCUGGCACCACGAAAGAGAAAGUGGGCAAGGGCAUCACAUGCAAUAAAUCGGAUUCAAAUGUUUAAAAUACUUAAUAGGUUACUUUGAUGUCACAUCUUCCAGAGAAUAUCUCGUUCGACUGUAGUGUACCUGUCCUUUUUAGGCUAAAUUGUUACAUGGCAUUAAUUCAAGUUUCCAGUCAUGAUAUCAUUGCAAAGCAAUAUAACCCAAAAGUUCGAACAUUUAAAAGCUGUAAUACUUUUUCGUCGACGUGGCUGUUGGUUGGAUUCCUAUUGCUGUUUGUGUUUAUGUACUUAUUUUGCUUGUAUCAAUCAAUGGGAAUGUGCAUAUGGUGGACUAGCUCUUUAGCUCUGUGGAUUUUCAAAUUUAGACUGUGCUCGCCUGCAUGCCAGAGUAUUGUUCUAAUCUCUCAGAAAAUAUUUAUUAUGAAACAGGAGAGGUUUUUUCUAUUUGUACAUUGAUUCAGUGAGACUGUUUUUAGUAGCAAUGUUGUCCGGUCUCUUACAAGAUUUUCAAAUUCCUCCACAAACGUCAGUAACUCGAUGAGGAACACGCGUGGGUGUUGAAGGGGUGAAGACGCCAGUCUUCGGGGGCUCCGACCCAAGCGAGGUACCUUCUUCAAUCACAGGGCCCUUCUUAAGACUGACCUUCUCACCCCUUCUUUACUUCAUAUAACUGAUGAAGUACCAUGUCAUCUGCUGUUUUGUUCUGGCUCUGCUCUUGGGCCCUCCAGUGCCGUGGCACCUCCACACAUGCACUUCCUCUCCGCAUGUGGUGGACCCCGAGGGUUCACUGCACAAAAAUUACCUCUUUUUACCUUUUUUUAACCCAUUCUCUCUGGCCCAAUUAAUAGAGAGCAUGAGUUUUUUUUUUAUUCCUAUUUGAUAUAUAUGGCUUUGUUAAUUGACAAAUGUGUAUUGUAAUUUAAUUUUUAUUUUGUUUCUCUUACUGGUGUGUAGCUUUUUUUUGUGCUGUUCUGAGCUGUGUGACUUGUCCGAUAGCAAUAGUGGGCACUUUCUUUGACCUGCUGGGAAGGGCUGCUGUAGCUUCUCCUGUCCGGGUGCCCCAUGAGUUGCUGUAUUGCUUUGUGACAUUUUUAAAAAACUCCCCUUUUUUUAGCCUGCAGGGAAUAUUUGUGUUAUUGUGCAAAUUAAUAAAUCGGUAUUUUAUGCCUAUAACACACAGCUCUGUGUAAUGUCAUUUAUUGCAUAAAUAAAUAAAAUCUACAGA